GUUAGUGGACGUCAUCUUGAAUGAGAAUUUUAUUUUAUUAUUUAUUUUUUUAAAUUAAACACGAUAACGUGAAGUUGUAUUUUGUUAGUAUUAUUAUAAUAGUACCUAAAUUGGAAUAAAACAACCAUAGUAUUUUUCUUUAAAUGAAUGAUAACGGUACUGCAGUGAAUGUGACGCUAUACGCUUUUGUGUCGGUGAUGUAAUUUAUGUGAUUGGGUGGCUUCCUAGUGUUACUACUAUAAUGGAGGAAUCCUCAUUCACAAUCCCAGCUGACGACAAUGGUGAUUCUGAGCUCGAUCCUAGAAUACAGGUGGAAUUGGAGAAACUCAACGCCGCCACAGACGAGAUCAAUAAACUGGAGUUGGAGCUUGAUGAGUCUAUGAAAACGUUUCAUCUGCUCCUCAACGAGACCAGCCGCCGCUUACAAGCUCUGACGAAACGAAUGGGCACAUGCGUCGACAAGUCAAGGCCGUACUAUGAUGCUGUCGGUGUAGCAACUUCAGCCAGGUCAGAGUGCCAGAAGGCGGCGGUUCAAUUCCAGAGAGCUAGUGAACUACACGCAGCCGCUAAAGAAACCGUGACACUAGCGGAACAACGUUUCGUGAGCAAACAAGAUGAGUGGCAAUUCGAUAGCAACUGGCAGGAGGUCCUUAACCACGCCAUCAUCAAGGUUAUGGACGCAGAAAAGAGAAAAGCAGAGAGCGGUCGCGAACAUCAGAAGAAAGCGGCGGCGUAUAUUACUGCAGAAAGAAAAGUGGCCCAGCUAGAGGAAAGCUUGAAACGUAACAUUAUAAAAUCCCGCUUGUACUUCGAAGAAAAGAAACUCUGCGAUGAACAAUUACAAACGCAGAACGAGAAGAUAGGGAAAUUGCAACGACUCAUAUCAGACGCCAAGUUCCGUUAUUCCAAGUCUCUUAAAGCUUUAGAGGAGAUAUCUGAAGAAAUACACAGAAGACGAGGUGAAUACCCACCAGGAAAAGAGACUAUACCUGUAGGUCCUAGAGAACCAGGAGUAGGAGCCGAAAGAGAUCCAAUCCAUGAUGACGUAGAUGCUAAGGAGGAACACGAGAAAGACGAAGAAUCUAGUCUCCAAGAAUUAAGAAUGCGUGUUAGAGAACUAGCGCUGAAACCUAUUGACAGAAAAGAUGUAGAAACAGACGAGGCCUGGGCUUUGGAACUUAACGAGACAAUAAACAAGCUAGACCAGUUGUUAAUGAUGAAAGAGAAUAAUCAGCAAAAGAGAUCUAAAUUCACUGCGAGCUCGCCAAGAAACUCCAGCGCCCCAUCGACGAGCAGUAACACUGGGAACAAGUAUCCUCAGCCGCCUAGUGACAGUUGGAAGACAGAAUCAAACUUAGCAAGAACGAAAUCAAUUAGCAGAGAAGUAAUUUUUGAGCACACAAACCCACCGAUAAGUAAAACUGAGAAGUCUAAAAGUAUGAUGUCCCUUGACGUUCUUGCCUUAGCUAGGGAUGCUGCAAUAAUGGACCGAGAGUCGUAUUUAAAAGCUGUCAUUGAAGAUAAAUCACCAACCGGCACAUAUACUGAAAGUAAUUCUGAUAGAAAUGAGAGUCCUGACGAAAUACUCAUGGUUGAGUGUGAUUCCAGCGAUUCCACGCAAAAUCCGGUCAUAAGAAUGACCAGUUCGGUUACAGACAGUGAUAAUAGUUAAAUUAACUUAAUUAUUUCUCAACUGCAUUAGCAAGAAUUAAAUAUUCAGAUUUUUAUAAUAAUACCCAAUAUAUAUGAAAUUUUAAAAUUUUAUAAUUCUAAAAAUUUAGGUUUUACAAUGAUAAUGAUAAAAAAAAUUAUAUACAAAAAAGAACAUCGACAAAAUGACAACGUAUACGCAAAUUAUUAUAUUGUCUAUGUUGACAGUCAAUUUUAAAUGUUAAAUUGUUUGUAAAAGGAACAGUAAAUUCUCAUAAACAAUAUUUUGUACGGAUGCUGACGGUUUGUCUAAAAACAAUAUUUAUAUAGGUUGUUGACAUAAUUAUGUAUUUAGUUAUAAAAACAGGUAGAUCAAAAUAAAGACGUUUUUGCGUUUUCAGUAGUGUACUGUCAGUAAAUAAAUCAUUACAAACAAAUAUACUUUAUAUAUACGCACUUGCACACAUAGAAAAUGUAAUAUUUAGGUAAUCGUGAAUUUCUUCAACAACAGUAACUUACAGUAAUAAUAAUAAACCCUGGACAAUUAAUACAGCGCCAUCUAGUCCCAUGGUAAGCAGAGCAUAGAAAACAGCCAGACUGAUACAAACAAUCGUACUCAUGAAUACAAAUGUUUGCACAGUGCGAGGAAUCGAACCCGCGACCAUCGGAAGUAAAGCGGUGU